AUGGUCCGUCUCGCCGCCGCUCUCGUCGUGGCCGUGACGGCUUCGACGUCCGCCUUGACCCUGAAUCCUCGACACUAUUACGACAACAACAUGAUCAACCGCGGCAACAACAUCAACUGCCCGAACCGGAUUGCCAUGUCCUACCAGCCGCCCGUCGCCGCUCCGGGAUGGCAGUACCGCAUCGCCGCCAACGGCAUGCGGAAACCGCGGUCCAUCGUGUUCGACAACCGCGGUGGCCUGCUCGUCAUCGACGUCGGCGUUGGAAUUCUCCGUCUCACCAUCCGCAAUGACUGGGGUACUGACUGCGUCGUCAUGAGCGAGCCCAGGAGAAUCAUCAGCUGUCCCGAGCUGAGCCACGGAAUCGCCCUCUCCCAUGACGGCAGAACGCUGUACGCCUCCUCGCCGAACGAGGUCUUCUCCUGGGCCUACGACCCGGAGACGGGCAACAUCAUCGGCCCCCGACGCACCGUCGUCGCCGCCCUGUCGCCGACCGACAAGACGACCCGCACCCUACUCUCGUCGCACCGCAUGCCCGGCACGCUCGUCUUCUCGCGUGGAGGCAUCUACGGCAGCGGCAACAACUACCCCUCGGCCUACGACACGGCCUCUGGUGACGCCCAGAUCCGCGCGUUGGACCUUUCCUUCCGCCGCGGCGACGGCAUGCCCCACGACUUCAGGGACGGCGACGUCCUCGGCUGGGGCCUCCGGAACCCCAUCGGCGUCGCCGAGCACCCGAACACGGGCGGCAUCUGGUCCGUCGAGAGCUCCGUCGACGAUCUCGUCGGUGGCGGCACCUACGGCGGCAGGCUCAACUACCACGGCGUCCUCGGCGACGGCCGUCCCGUGGCCCCCCGCGACGGCAACAUCGCCCCCCAGCCUUGCCACGGUCGAGGGGACGCUGCCAGGAUCCCCUACGAGGCUUCCAUCCGCACCGCCACCCAGUUCCCGGGCCUGUACGGGACCAGGACGCUGUCGGACGGUCCCUGCAACAGCCGGUACCUCGGCCCUCGGCUCGCCUUCGCGCCGCUCUCGGCACCGCUCGACAUCAAGUUCAACAGGGACGGAUCCAGCGCCUUUGUGUCAUUUUACGGAACCGGUAAGCACCCGAGAUCCCCCCCCGGCCCGACCAACUUUCCCAUCGCAUCCGUGCUGACCUCGACAGGGAACCGAUGGACCCCUUCCGGCUACCGCAUCGCCGCUAUCCCCUUCAACAAGCACACGGGUGAGCCUCUGGCCUCGCGCGACGGCCCCAGCGCCGCCGUUGAUAUUCUCUCGACCCCGAGCCACGGAUACAGGCCCGAGCGCUGCUUCCGCCCCGUCGGUCUCGCCUGGGACUCGUGGGGCCGUCUUUGGGCCAGCAGCGACACCACCGGUGAGAUAUUCGUCCUCCACUACAGCGGCAUCGGCAGCGACAGCACGCGGUCCGUCGCCGCCUUCAAGGCGGCCGUCUGGGCCGUCUCUCUCGCCGCCUUUGUGGCCGCCAUCUUCCUCGCCUGA